CAUACUGAGUUUAACAAACAUUUUUACCAUUUUCACCAACGUUAGAGGGGUCUAUACCAUUAUGCAUAUAAGAUGGAUCGUAUUUUUGCAGAACUAUCUAGAAUUUUGUUUGAUAAUGUUGAUCUAAUACCUUCUUUUCUUAUUCGUCGUAUGCGUUCCAUUUGUAAAUACAUAUAUAAACUUAGUAGUAGUAUUUAAAUCGUAGGUGUGAAUAAGCGGAGGGACUAUUGCUUUAGCGGGUGGAAAUUUGAUAACGAAACCAAACAAGUGAUCACGAGACAUCUCUCGAGGCUGUUAGUUCAUUAUAUAAACAAAUAUUAUUAUGACGAUUACUUCCUUAAUCAAAAUUAGUUUCAUCAAAAAAUGACAAGUUCUUUGGAGUCAAAUAUUGUUUUAUUGAAGUUAAACAAACAUUAGACGACGAAAAAGAUAGAAACAUUCUUCUUAAUUAUUUUUUAAAAAAAAAACAUUCUUCUUAAUUAGUGAUUCAGUUCAAAAAUAUUCUUUUUUUUUUUUUGAAAAAAGUCCAAAAACAUUCUUCUUAGUAUUUUUUUGUAUCAUAUUCAAAUGGUACAUAACUAGAUAUUUUAAAAUUCACAAACCGAUGAUUGUAGUGAUGCGAAUUUCAAAAUAGCACCCAAAACCAAGUAGUAAGAAAAUGAAUAAAAUCGAAACAAAAUCGGACUAGUUUUUUAAACUGCAGUCGAGGCAUAGAGCCGUAGAGAUUUAGAAUUAGUUAGACUGAUCGGAUCUGAUCCUAUCCAGACCCAGUACAGCCCAACGGAUAUGUUUUUAGUGAGAUAGACUCAUAGACCUACAAUGUAACUAGUUAAUGGCAAUCUUAAUGAAUUUGACGGAAAAAAAAAAAAUGUUUGAAUAAAAUUCUGAUCCAUGAGUCUUCUAGUUCUAUCGAACUAGUCUGAUGCAAAAUCUGAACAGAUCUUCCAACCUGUGUUAGAUCUAAUCUUAAUCCUUCCACAAAUAUAUAGUAUAAAAUAAAAUUAGAGAUCAUAUUUAGAUCACGGCCGCAUACAGACAUAAAAUAACUUUCCCAAAGAACUAUAUAAUAAUUAAGAUUAUUAUAAUUAACUUGCUUGCUAAAUAAGAUAUAAAAAUAUAUUUUCGCCGUGUUUUAGCGUUUCCAUGGAAUAUUCAAACUACAAAUUAAAUAGUACUAAUAUACUUGAAACAAAGAUGAAUAAUAAUUUAUAAAUGGGGAUAGGCAUGGAAAUCGCAUUUGCAUUUAUAUUCUCAUCCUUCUCCUCUGCAUAUAUAAAUACUCGCACAACUCCAAAGUGUUGUCUCAUUCAUCACAAUAAUCAUAAAAAAUAACUUUUAAGCUCGAGAGGGAGAGAGAGAACAAAGAAAAAAAAAGAGAAGAGAUGGAAGAGACAAAAUCAAGAUUCAAUAGGAUCUGUGUCUUCUGUGGAAGCAGUUCCGGCAAAAAACCUUCUUACCAAGAAGCUGCCAUUGAAUUGGGUAACGAGCUGGGUCAUCCCAAAAACCUUGAUGCCAAGAGAGUGGUAGGACCAAAAGAGGAAUGAUUGCGACUUGGAGCGUUUUUUGGUUUCCUUCACGAUACAUCUCUUUGACCAACUAACAUCAUUUGUAUGUCAUAAUAUCCACAAUAAAAAGACCAUAUAUUAUAAUAGUAUAGAAGAAUCAUAUGUAAUAAUAUCCACAAUAAAAAGACCAUAUAAUAUAAUAUGCUAUAGAAGAUAUUUUUCGGUGUUCACAUUUUAGAAAGGCAAUAAUAAAGAGAAUCAUAUUCGUUUAAAUGGUUUUGUGAGUGUUUGUCGUUUCAUCCAAGCUGGUUUAGAACUUGGGCCUGUGUCGAGGCCCAUCAGCUACACCUACGAGGAAAAGGUUCAGAGCCCAUUAGCAGAAACGACACAGUUUCCUUUAAUGAGGAUAUAUGUUAUCGUUAUCAUCUAGCUCGAGCAAGAGAGAGAGUUUGUUACAGAGGCUAACAAACUAGAGAAACAGAAUCAGAGAGAAAGAGACUUAUCUCGGCGACGAUCGCGACGGAGACGGUGGAGAGCUGCUCGCGAUCUAACCAAAGGAGUAUCUGAUUACCGGUGGUGUAUUUCAGAGGUUAUCUUUGCGCUUGUUACUCGGUGAGAUCCGUUUACUUGUGUAGAAAGAAACCGAGUCUUUGUAUUGGUUCUGAGCUAGUGAUUGCUUGAGAGUUUUGAUCUCUCCCCAGACAAUAGGCAACGAAGUCUGGGUAAACAAUUCUCGUGUUGAUUGCGUUUUACUUUUCUAGAAUCGAACUGUAGUAGAGACGCUACGUAAAUCAACUUCACAACAGGAAUCGUAAAGAUAAAAUCAAGAUAAAACACUAACAAGUGGUAUCAGAGCACAAGGUUAUUGUGCAGGAGGUGAUUACGAAGUGAUCGUGAUCUAAGGCGUUAGUCGAUCCUAAGUGUUUUCAGUGGAUCUGUGUGUUUCGAGCUCGGAUCUUGAAAAUGGAGUCUGUUACGAAGUUCAAGAUGGAGAAGUUUGAUGGUAAAGGUGAUUUUGGGAUGUGGAAGUUCAAGAUGCUUAUGCAGCUUGAGUUACAGGGACUCGGUAAGGUGCUGCAAGCUGAAUCAAGUGAAGGAUCAUCGGAGAAAGAUGAUGAGGACCUGAAGCUAGAAGCCAAAGAGGAACCUGAUCCCAAAGCUAAAGAGAAGGAUACUAGAGUGAGGAAUCUAAUAUGCUCUAGCCUUACUAAUAUUGUGUUGAGGAAAGUUAUGAAAGAGCAGACGGCUAUGGGGGUUUGGAAAGCACUGGAGGCUGAUUAUCAAACCAAGACCCUGCCAAAUAGGAUCUACCUGAAACAAAGCUUUGCAAGCUUCAAGAUGUCUGAGCAGAAAUCGAUUGAAGAAAAUUUGGAUGGUUUUCUAAAAUUGGUGGAUGACUUGGCAAGUCUUAACAUCAUCAUACCUGAUGAAGAUCAAGCUAUACAAGUGCUAUCAAGCUUACCGCCUCAAUAUGACUCCCUGGUUCACACCUUGAAGUAUGGGAACAGCAGAGAGACACUGACUUUAAAAGAAGUUACUACUUCCGCUUACUCAAAGGAAGCUGAGUUAAGGGAAAAGGGACUUGUUGGAAAGUCAACUUCAGCUGGUGAAGGACUCAUGGCGUCUCAAGGAAAAGGUGACAAGUACCAAGGAAAGAAACAAGGGAGAGGAAGAAGUAAGAGCAGAGAUAACGGUUCAAGAAAAGGCUCUAGGUCACAGACACCAGCUAAACCAAGAGAGUGUUGGGUCUGUGGCAGAGAAGGUCAUUUCAAGAGGGACUGCCCGGAGAGAAAGGAAGGGAACAAACAGCAAAAUGCAAAUGUUGCUCAGAGACAGGAACCUAUGAUCUUAACCGCAAGUAUACAUGAUACUCGUGAUCAGUGGGUUCUGGACUCCGGUUGCACAUUUCAUAUCACACCAGAUAAAGAAGCUUUGUUUGACUUUAAAGAGGUUAAUGGUGGAAAAGUCCUAAUGGGGAACAAUACUCAUAGUGAAGUGGCUGGAAUUGGAAAGUUAAAGAUAGUGAAUCCAGACGGGACAGAAGUGAUUCUGACUAAUGUGCGGUAUAUGCCCACGAUGGGUAGAAAUCUGAUAUCUUUUGGACAGUUAGAAAAGAGCGGGUGCAGUUAUGAAGGAGCUGGGUUCAACGUUACUUUCUCUAAAGAUGGGAAGCAGGUGAUCACAGGGACAUACAAGGAUGGUUUGUAUUUUCUAAAUGGAAGUGUGCAAAAAGGAAUUGCUGCAGUUGCUAGACCAGAUGUUGAUACGACAAAGAGAUGGCAUUCAAGGCUGGGUCACAUGGGGUUAAAAUGCAUGAAUGAGUUAGUCAAAGGUGGCUACCUUGAUGGAAAAGAAGUUCAUACCCUUGAUUUUUGUGAAGAAUGUGUUCUCGGAAAAGCACAGAAGCAGAGUUUUCAGGAAGGAAAGCACACGUCUAAAGGGCCAUUAGAGUACAUUCAUUCAGACUUGUGGGGCUCACCAAGUGUUGAAGAAAGUCUUGCGGGCUGUAAAUACUUCAUAACAUUCAUAGAUGACUAUUCAAGAAAGGUUUGGAUUAAUUUCCUAAGAUCUAAGGAUGAAGCAUUUCAGAGUUUCAAAGAGUGGAAGCAACUUGUUGAGAAUCAAACCGGUAAGCGUGUGAAAUGUCUAAGGACAGACAAUGGUUUGGAAUUCUGCAACAAGGCUUUUGAUGGAUUGUGCAAGAGCUCAGGGAUUAAACGUCACAACACUUGUUCCUAUACUCCUCAGCAAAACGGAGUAGCAGAGAGAAUGAACAGAACGAUUAUGAACAAGGUUCGAAGCAUGUUAGCUGAGACAGGGUUUGGAAAACAGUUUUGGGCAGAAACGGCAUCGACAGCAGUAUAUUUGAUUAAUCGAUCUCCAACAUCGUCAUUGAGUUUCAAGAUUCCAGAAGAAGUUUGGUCAGGAAAGAAAGUAACUUUUGAUCAUCUUAAGAGGUUUGGUUGUGAAGCGUAUGUUCAUGUGGUUCAGGAUAAAGUGAGUCCAAGAGCUUUAAAGGGUUACUUCGUAGGAUAUCCCCAAGGCGUAAAAGGCUACAGAGUGUGGUUACCCGAGGAUGGUAAGUGUACAAUUAGCAGAAAUGUUAUCUUCCAUGAAGAUAAGGUGUUUAAAGAUUCUGUUGAGAAGAGCCUUGAGAAGUCUACAAGAGAAAAGAAGGGAAAGAAAGUUUCCUUCAGUUUUGACAAAACCUUUGAGGAUUCUAGUUCAGGUGGAGCUUUGUCAGAAGGAAUAAAUGAAGCUCCUAGUUCAGAGUCAGAAGAAGAAAAUUCAGAGUCUGAAACAGAGGAACAGAUUGAGACAGAUGAUACGCCAGGGGAAACUUCUACAGAGAACUUAAGUGACUACGUUUUGGCUCGAGAUAGAGCUAAAAGAACCAUAAAGAAACCAUCAAUGUACGAAGAAGGAGGAGAUUAUGUUGUUGCUUAUGCAUUGAUGUGUGCAAAAGACGUUGACAUACAAGAACCCAAGACUGUGACGGAAGCAAUGAGAAGUAAGCACUGGAUAUAUUGGAAAAAAGCUAUGCAAGAGGAAAUUGAUUCUUUGGCUAAGAAUAAUACAUGGCUGGUUGUUGAUAAACCAGGAAGGAAGAAAAUUGUUGGUUGUAAGUGGAUAUUCAAGUACAAGGAGGGGAUUCCAGGAGUGGAAUCACCCAGGUUCAAAGCUCGUUUAGUGGCUAAAGGCUUUACUCAGAUUGAGGGUAUUGAUUACAACGAAAUUUUCUCUCCGGUGGUAAAGCAUGUGUCGAUUCGGCUGUUGUUGUCAGUGGUUGUUAACUAUGACAUGGAAUUAGAACAGCUAGAUGUAAAGACAGCUUUUUUACAUGGAACUCUAGAUGAGGAAAUCUACAUGAGCCAGCCCGAAGGAUUCAUCAGGAAAGGAGAUGAGUCAAAAGUGUGUUUGCUCAAGAAAUCUUUGUAUGGUUUGAAACAGUCUCCUAGACAGUGGAAUCAAAGGUUUGACGAGUUUAUGAAGAGACAGGGCUACACUCAGAGUAUUCAUGAUCCGUGUGUCUAUUUCAAAGGAAAGUCAUUAGAAGAGAAAGUGUUCUUACUGCUCUACGUGGAUGAUAUGCUAGUGGCGUCAAAAGAUAUGAAGAAGAUUCAGAAGUUGAAGGAAAGCUUAAAAUCUGAAUUUGAAAUGAAAGAUUUGGGAAGAGCUACUCGUAUCUUGGGGAUGGACAUCAUACGUGACAGAAAGAAUGGGGUUCUAAAGCUUUCGCAAGAAAAAUAUUUGAAACAAGUACUGAAAAGUUUCAAUAUGCAGGGAGCAAAACCAGUUGUUACACCAGUAAGUUCCCAGCAUAAAUUGAGAAAGUUAACUGAUGCAGAGAUCAAGGAAGAAGCUAACUACAUGGACAAGAUUCCUUAUGCUAGUGCUGUUGGAAGCCUAAUGUAUGCAAUGAUUGGUUCUCGACCUGAUUUAGGAUUUGCUAUUUGUCUGAUCAGCAGAUACAUGUCUCAACCAGGAAGAGCUCACUGGGAUGCAGUCAGAUGGGUUUUCAAGUACCUAACAGGAGCGUUGAAUAUUUGUCUAACAUUCACUAAGCAAGAAGUGUUUGAAAUUGUUGGCUACAGCGAUUCAGAUUACAACUCAGAUUUGGAUCGCAGGAGAUCAGUUUCAGCUUAUCUUUUUCAAGUUGGAGGGAAUACUAUCAGUUGGCGAGCCACACUGCAGUCUGUAGUUGCGUUAUCAACCACAGAAGCUGAGUAUAUGGCUCUCACUGAAGCAGCUAAGGAAGGUAAAUGGUUGAUGAUGAUUUGCGGUGAAUUGGGGUUCAAUUUUAAGAGUUACAAGCUAUACUGUGAUGCACAGAGUGCUAUAUGUCUAGCUAAAAAUGCAGUUCAUCAUGGCAGAACGAAGCAUAUGGAUACUAAGUAUCAUUUCAUUCGAGACAAGGUUCACGAGGGUUCUGUUAACCUAAUCAAGGUGCAUACUACCCUAAAUGCAGCUGAUUUCUUGACUAAGUGUUUACCUGGUCCGGCUUUCCAGAAGUGUCUGGAGCUGGCCAAAAUCCUCGCCUGAUAGGUUGAGGUGGAGCUCGGGGUAGCUUUGUCGGUUGAGUUACCUCGAAGAGAAAGAAGAAACUGGGGUCAGCUAAAAACGAAUCGACUUCAACUCGUAUGGUGAAGUACGAGUAGAAAUAAAAAAAAAAGGCAAAGAAGGCGUCUUACACUUGUAUACAGAAGGUCUGGUGAAGAGGUUCAGGUUCUUCGUGUGAGGAGUGUAUGAAGGGUCGGAGCUUGGUUCCUUGAAAGUGUCUGUCAAUAAUCUGAAAGGGUUGAGAUGGAGGAUAAGGUUUUUCCCGGGUUAUGUGGAAAA